AUGUUUCUACCUUCCUCCCUUACAAACUCAUCAUACACUCUUUCUUCCCUCCUCCCUUACAAAGUCAUCAUACCCUCUUUCUUCCCUCCCCCCUAUCAGAAUCAUCAUACCCAUAUCUUCACUCCUCCCUUACGGACUCAAAACAAUCUCUUUCUUCCCUCCUCCCUUACAGACUCAUCAUACUCUCAUUCUUCCCUCCUCCCUUGCAAACUCACCGUAACCUUCUCUUCCCUCCUGACUUACAGACUCAUUAUACUUUCUUUCUUAUCUCAUCCCUUAAAGAUUCACCAUGCCCUGUUUCUUCCCUCCAUUCUUACAGAUUCAUCAUACUCUCUUUCUUCCCUCCUCCCUUACAUAUUCAUCAGACAUCAUACUGUCUUUAUUAACUCCACCCUUACAGACUCAUCAUACUCUCUUUCUUCCCUCCUCCCUUACAGACACAGCAUACCCUUUUCUUCCCUACUCCCUUACAGACUCCUCAUACUCUCUUAUUUCCCUCAUCCCUUACAGAUUCAUCCUACUUUUUUCUUCACUCCGCCUUUACAGACUCAUUAUACUCUCUUUCUUCCCUCCUCCCUAACAGACUCAUCGUACCAUUUUUCCCUCCCAGGUUUCAGACUCUUUAUACCCUCCUUCCGUCGUUGCUUACACACUCAUACUCUCUUUCUUCCCUCCUCCCAUAGAGACUCAACAUACUGUCUUUCUUCAUUCCACCCUUACAGAGACAUCAUACUAUCUUUCUUACCUGCACACUUACAGACUCAUCAUACUCUCUUUCUUCCCUCCUCCCUUAGAGACUCAACAUACUGUCUUUCUUCAUUCCUACCUUACACACGAUUUAUAUUCUCUUUCUUCCCUGCUCCCUCACAGACUCGUUAUAUUCUCUUUCUUCCAUCCUCCCUUACAGACCCAUCAUACCCAUUUCUUCACUCCUCCCUUACUGGCUUAUCAUACACAUAUUCUUCCCCCCUCCCUUACAAACUCACCAUAACCUUUUCUUCCCUCCGCCCUUACAGAGACCUGAUACUAUCUUUCUUACCUCCGCCCUUACAGACUCAUCAUACUAUUCAUUAUAACCUUUUCUUCCCUCCUCACUUACAGACUAAUCAUACUCAUUCAUCCCUCCUCCAUUACAGACUCAUCAUACUCUCUUUCUUUCCCCCUUCCUUACAGACUCCUCAUAGUCUCUUUCUUACCCCCUCCUUACAUAUCAUCAUAAAACACAUAAUACUCUCUUUCUUUCCUCCCCCCUUACAGACUCAUCAUACCCUUUCUUCCCUCCACCCUUACAGACUCAUCAUACUCACUUUCUUUCCUACUCCUUUACAGAUUCAUUAUACUAUCUUUCUUCCCUCUUCCCUAACAGACUCAUCGUUCCCUUUUGUUUUCCUCCUCCGUUUCAGACUCUUUAUACACUCCUUCUUCCGUCGUCGCUUACAGACUCAUCAUACUCUCUUUCUUCCCUACUCCCUUAGAGACUCAACAUACGGUCUUUCUUCAUUCCUCCCUUACACACGAUUUAUAUUCUCUUUCUCCCCUUCUCCCUCACAGACUCAUUAUACUCUCUUUCUUACAUCCUCCCUUACAGACUUAUCAUACUCUUAUUCUUCCCUCCUCCCUUACAAACUCAUCAUAACCUUUUCUUCCCUCCGCCUUUACAGACUUAUCAUACUCUCUUCCUUCCCUCCACCCUUACAGACACAUCAUACACUCUACUCAUCAUACUCUCUUUCUUCCCUCCGCUUUUACAGACUCCUCAUACUCUCUUUCUUCCCUCCUACCUAUCAGACUCAUCAUACAGUCUUUAUUCCCUUCUCCCUUAAAGAGACAUCAUACUAUCUUUCUUACUUCCACCCAUACAGACUCAUCAUACUCUCUUUCUUCCCUAAUCCCUUACAGACUCAUUAUACUCUCUUUCUUCCAUCCUCCCUUACAGACUCAUCAUACACUUUUCUUCCCUACUCCCUUACAGAGACAUCAUACUAUCUUUCUUACCUCCACCCUUACAGACUCUUCAUACUCUCUUUCUACCCUCCUCCUCCCUUACAGAUUCAUUAUACCCUAUUCUUCUCUCCUCACUUACAGACUAAUCAUACUCAUACAUCCCUCCUGCAUUGCAGACUCUUCAUACUCUCUUUUUUCCCCCUUCCUUACAGACUCAUCAUUGUCUCUUUCUUCUCCCCUCCUUACAGACUCAUCAUAAACUCUUUCUUCUCUUCUCCCUUACAGACUCAUCAUACCCUUUUCUCCUUCACUUUUACACAGACAUUAUACUAUCUUUCUUACCUGCUUCUUUACAGACUCAUCAUACUCUCUUUCUUCCCUCUUCCCUUACAGACUCAUCAUACCCUUUUCUUCCCUACUCCCUUACAGACUCAUCAUACUCUCUUUCUCACUCCUCCCUUACAGACUCAUUAUACUCUCUUUCUUCCCUCCUCCUUUACAGUCUUAUCAUACUCUCUUUCUUCCCCCUUCCUUUGCCGACUCAUCAUACCCAUUUCUUCCCUUACAGAAUCAUCAUACUCUCUUUCUUCCCUCCUCCCUUAG